AUGCAGAGGAGAAUUGCCGAUGAGGUAAAUAUAUCUGACAAACACCAAUCCUACAUGAGUAUCAUGGACCUUAUCCAUAAGGCUGGUUUGGAAAAAACUAUCUCGAAUGUUGGUCCUUUAUAUCCCCAGUUAAUUAGAGAAUUGAUCGUCAAUCUGCCUGAUGUGUUUAAUAAUCCGAGUAGUGCUGAUUAUCAGACGGUGCAUAUUAAAGGGUUCAAAUUUGUGAUUUCUCCUGCUGUGAUAAAUGGUUUUCUUGGGAAUACUAUUGAUAUUGACUGCUCUCCAUCAUGUCCUACUACUGAGGUUCUAGCUACUGUCUUAUCUGGAGGGACCUUGUCCACAUGGCCUGUGAAUGGAAUUCCUGCGACUGCUCUCAGCGUCAAGUAUGCCAUUAUACACAAGAUUGGCAUUACCAAUUGGUUCCCUUCCUCACAUGCCUCCAGUGUAUCUGCUACUUUAGGUACAUUUUUGUAUCAAAUUUGUAAUGAUGAUAAAUUGUUCUCCAGUCUGCUACUUCACCUAAAUGGAGCGGUGCUUACUGCAACUAAUGCUCCUGAACCUGAACCUAAGACAAUUGCUCUUAGUUACAGACUCUUUCAAGGUGAUAUGUCUGAUAUUGACCAUGAUGUGCAUCCGACUCAGGGUCCACGUAUUUUUGACACUACUGACUGGGAUGAGUCUGCUAAAGGCUUUUAUAUGGAUCGGGAGUUGGCUGCCCGCAUUGUAAAUUCCUUGGCUGCUGAAUCUCGUGCACUGACUACCUUCAUCACUCUGUUAUCUGAACGUCAAUUAGAGGUUGAUGCUCUUCUUCGACAUUUGAAGUCUUUGGCACCAUCCACUAGUCGUCAGCAACCAUCAUCUGGUUAA